AUGACUAAGUUCGUCUGCGUCGCACUGGUGCUGGCCUGUAUCGCUGUCACGACCGUUCACGGUCAGUUCAGCACAAACGUACAGUGCACCUCGUUCAACGACUGCAUCUGCAAGCUGCCAAAGAUCAUCGGAGCGGUGGCCGGACGUACUGCUACAGCGAACAUUCGCAACCCGGCCAACGGUGAGGCGUACGUGCUGGACCUUUCCCGACCAUCGCAGGCCGUCACCGACUACUGCAACAAGCUGAAGCAGGGACUUAAACCAGCAGUGCCGUUCAAGGCUAUCAAUGCGUCCAAAGUUGCCCAGGUCCAAGCUCUUCUUGCUCAACGUAUGGCUGCAAUGAGAGGUUAACUGGACUGGACGGUUACGUUUUUUCUCGACUCGGAUUAACGGACAAUAUAUGAACGAUGAAUUUUCGGACUAAAUCAGCAAAGCGCCAAAUCAUGACUGAUCAUCGCCAGACCAUCGGCCCGUUAGAUGUUGAAUGCUUCUAAUAAAUUAAUACCAUUGGCAUGGGUUAUUAAAAAAAGAAACUGCUUUGAAUAUCUUACAAACUAAA